AUGGAGGAUACAAAUAAAAUUGUAAAGGUCGAGAAAAGUAAUGAUGAAACUAUACAAAAUGUCAUAGAAGAAAGUAACUCCAAAAGAGAAGUAGACUACGACGAAUUGUUGUCAGCUGCUGGAGAAUUUGGACUUUACCAAAUAUUUUUGUUUUGUUUAACGUUCCCAUUUUAUAUUUACGGCGUUUUUGCGUAUUUUUCACAACUAUUUAUGACGGAAAUCUCACCAAACCAUUGGUGUUGGGUACCAGAGUUAGCGAAUCUUACUGAAAUGGAAAGAAGAGAUUUAGCCAUUCCCCAAGAUUUAGAAGCGCCCUAUGGAUAUUCACAUUGUAAAGUGUAUGUCAGUAAUUGGAGUGAAGUUUUAGUGACGGGGCAACGACCGAAUGAGACGUGGUUGACGGAGUCCUGCCCAUUUGGAUGGGAAUUUAACAAAACUGAAAUACCAUAUCCGACUAUUUCGAGUGAUUUGGAAUGGGUUUGUGAUAAGAGUAGUUACCAAGCAACAGCCCAAGCUAUAUUUUUUAUUGGAUCUAUCUUCGGAGGAUUUAUUUUCGGUUGGGUAGGCGAUCGAUACGGUAGACUACCGGCAGCUGCUCUUAGUAAUAUGUGCGGAUGUAUCGCAGGUAUUAUUAGCAUAUUUGCUCAAAAUCUUAUUCAGUUUUCUUUUUUCCGAUUUGUAAUGGGUAUGUCCUAUGAUAAUUGUAUGAUAAUGACAUACCUUUUAGUCUUAGAAUAUGUUGCACCUAAAUAUAGAACCAUUAUCGCGAAUGUGCCCUUCGCCAUCUUUUAUACGAUAGGCGUUGUGUCUUUGCCUUGGAUAGCUCUUGCAUGUGGACAUUGGAAAACACUGAGUUUAGCUACAAGCAUUCCUAUGGCAUUAGCAAUUUUAGCUCCAUUUGUGAUUCCUGAAAGUCCUCGGUGGCUCCUCUCUAAAGGACGUAUUGAUGAAACUGUCAACAAAGUUACCACUAUUGGACGAUUUAAUAAAAAAGAAAUCCCAAUAAAAUUGAUGGAACAAUUUAAAAUGUCUGCUUUAAAGAAAGUUAAACAAAAAGAUACCAACAUUAUAGAUAUUUUUAAAUCUCGUAAAUUAAGAAAAAUAUUUAUAGCCAUGUGCUUAGUAUACAUGUGCGCUAUGGCCGUUUUUGACUCUCUAGUUAGGAGCAUAGGCGGCCUAGGUUUUGAUUUUUUUCUUUCUUUUACCCUAAUUUCAUUGUCUGAAUUCCCUUCCCUAAUACUUCUUUCAUUUAUUUUAGACUUAACCGGAAGGAAAUGGUUAUCAAUAGGAGCCUUUUCUGUAUCUUGUACAUUUACUUUAAUUAGUUCUCUUGUCAGCCCUGGGUUACCAUCAGUAAUAUGUAUCGUAAUAGCCAGGUUUGCCAUUAAUAUGAGUUGUAAUAUAUGCUUACAGUGGGCUGCAGAAAUGUUGCCUACUCCCGUCAGAGGGGCCGGUGCAUCAAUAAUUCAUAUAUGUAGUUACGUCGCUUGCAUAGUAUCCCCCUACAUAAGUUACAUGAAAAACUUUGUAGUUUGGCUACCUCCUGUUAUUAUCGGGAUUAUUGCUUUAAUAGGAGCCGUACUAGCAUUAAUUUUACCAGAGACAACGGGUAUAGAUAUGCCCCAAACAUUUGAGGAAGCUGAAGAAUUGAUUGACAAACAAAAAAUGUUUGAUAUUCCCUGCUUACGGAAAGCAAAGAGCACGGAAAAAGGAAUUAUAAAUGCAUCUUUUGAAAUGAAU